AUGGAGCUGAAGGUCUGGGUCGAGGGGAUACAAAGGAUUGUUUGUGGAGUAACUGAGACUACCACUUGUCAGGAUGUAGUCUUUGCAUUGGCUCAUGCUACUGGAAAAGUGGGUAGAUUCACAUUGAUCGAACGAUGGAGGAAUAAUGAGAGACUCUUAGCUCCACAAGAAUAUCCUCUUAAGAUUCUAAUGAAAUGGGGUGAAUAUUCCAACGAUAUACAGUUCAUUCUAAGAAGAUCUGAUAGCAGCGAUAACCAAAAAUUUUUACCACCUAAUAGCAAUAUAAAAUCACCAAAUGGAAAUGGUCAAACUACACUAAAUCCCAAUGUACAAGAUAAGCAGAAUUCACCAAAUAGGCCAAACUCAACUGCAUUUAACAAUGUUAAUACAUCACCAAGUAAUCCGGUGGGUGUUGUAAGGGGUAUACAACAAAGUAAGACUCCAGAUGAUAGUCCAGUAUCUAAAGAUGUUCCUCCUUAUAGGGAUCCCCCACCACCAUACAGAUCUCCCCCUCCACCUCAAGGAGUUCGGAAAUCUCCCAGCCGCUCGAGACCUCGCUCACAUAUGUCACCGGUAAAUGAACCUGAUGAAGAACGGAAUCCAGAGGCAGUUAGCUAUAACACUCAAUAUAGAGAGCUGGUGUCGCUUGUAAAUUAUCAGAGGGACAAACUUUCCAGCCAGCAAGUUGAUUUGAUAAAAUAUGAUGCAGAGAUAGGCUACUGGGAAAACAAAGGCAGAGAGCAGGAAAGACAAGUGGAACUCUUACAACAACAAAUUAACUCAGCUGACAGUCAACUUAGAAUUAGCACAGAACAGGUACAAGCAUUAAACUAUGUUGAGGAGGAAAGCGAAAUAGCGAAACAAAAUGAGAAGACUUUAAAAUCAGAGAUUGUAUUGGUUCGAUCAAAACUAGCCAAUUGUGAGACAGAACUUUUACAAUGUAAGAACAAGAUACGAAAAGUCAUGGAAGACAUACAUACUGAACAAAGACUUCUAAAUGGCCGUCAACAAGAGAAUCGACAAGCUUUGGAAAGGACAAUGUUGGCAGAAAUGGAUGGCCUUCAAACGCAGAUACAACAAGCAAAACAUGCCACAGAGAUCAACCACUUAACCGCUGAAAAUCUGAAACGAGAGGUGGGUGUACUCGAAACAGCCAUAAUGGAGAAGAAGCGUCAGGUGGAACGGCUAGUUCAGGAAAUGAAGGAAGCUAAUCUUCAGAGUCUUACUGGUAGUGUGGACGAGCUUCGGCAUCCGUUAGACGGCAUGUGCAAAGCAGGCAGCGCUAGAAGGAUUAUUGGGUCUCCGAGACAGCUUGAGAACGCCGCCCCCACAAAUAAGAACCCACAUGGAGUUUGGGUAUAA